UGUAACUUCACCUUUUGAAGCGGAAAAUAGAAAAAGAAAAGCUUCGACCUUCUCUUUUUUCUCGACAUUCACCGCCGCUGCUCCGCCAGUCCAGCCUCGGAUAUCGAGUGCCAGCUACUCCGCCACUCCGCCAGCCGUUCACCAAUCGCCGGAGCAGGGUACCACUUUACCUAGCUGUCAAUGAUGAAGAGGGUAUGGAGAAUCUCGGAUGCUUCCCAGACGGAAGCAAUUCUCCAAAGAUUUUCUGAAAAUUAUAGAAAACAUUCAUGGUGUUACACGAUUGCACGAGCUUCAGCUAAUACGUUGUGGGUUCGAGGACUAGCAGGCGGAGCAGCUUCUUCCCAACCUGCCUGGUCACAGGUAUUUGCUUUGUUCGCAGACAGGUGGAGUCACGCUGAUUCAUUGGUCAAACAGGAUCUGAGAGAAAGGGUUUCACAUUUAAGGGAUGAGUUGCUAGCUUGCAGUGGUGAUGCUGAAAAGAUUGAGAGAAUAUUAGCAGAUAGAGGGGUUUUGUUGUUUAGGAGGUAUGCAGAUGGUUCUGCGGUUGUUGAGCUCUUAAAACAGCUAAAAUCUUCUCCCCAAUUAGCGCUCCAGGCUUUUGACUGGAGGAGAAGACAAUUGGAUUACUGGACUCCCAUGACAGCUGAGGAGUAUUCCAAGGCUAUUGUUGUGGCUGGAAGGUUAAAGAAUGUUGAUCUUGCAGCUGAACUAUUCAAAGAGGCUUCCAACAAGCAACUCAAGUCCACCUCUUUAUAUAACGCCCUUAUGACUGCUUAUAUGUUCAAUGGUUUGGCUGUAAAGUGUCAAUCAGUUUUUCGGGACUUGAAGAGGGAAGCAACAUGUACUCCAACUAUUGUAACAUACAACAUACUUAUCUCGGUGUUUGGUAGAUUAAUGUUGAUAGAUCACAUGGAGGCAACCUUACGGGAAAUAAAUGAUUUGAAUAUCUGCCCAAAUGUUAGUACAUACAACAAUUUAAUUGCUGGGUAUAUCACAGCGUGGAUGUGGGAUGAUGUGGAGAAGACAUAUAGAAUCAUGAAGGCAGGAGGUGUCACACCUGAUCUUGCUACCCAUUUAUUGAUGCUUCGAGGAUAUGCACAUUCUGGUAAGUUGGAUAAGAUGGAAGAGAUCUAUGAGCUUGUCAAAGGUCAUGUUGAUCAGUACGGGAUCCCAUUAAUUCGAUCUAUGAUAUGUGCUUACAGUAAAAGUUCUGACGUAAAUAAAGUUCAAAAGAUUGAAGAGUUGAUGAGGUUGAUUCCUAAAGAUGAUUAUAGGCCUUGGUUGAAUGUCAUAUUAAUCUGUCUGUAUGCAAAGGAGGAUUUAUUAGACGAGAUGGAAAAUUCAAUAAAUGAGGCAUUUAAACGUAACACGUCCGUCACAACAGUUGGUGUCAUGCUUUGCAUCAUUUCAAGUUAUUUCCGAAACAAUGCAGUAGACGAGCUUGCUAAUUUUGUUAGCCGUGCAGAAUGUGCUGGUUGGAAAAUAUGUAGGUCCCUUUACCACUGCAAGAUGGUUAUGUAUGCUUCACAAAGGCGACUCAUUGAAAUGGAGCAAGUUCUUGGCGAGAUGGAUAAAGUGAACUUGGACUGUUCAAAGAAAACGUUUUGGAUAUUACUUAAAGCCUACACAACGUGGGGGGAAAAGGAUAAACUUCAUCAGGUCUUGGGUAUGAUGUGCAAGCAUGGAUAUGGAAUUCCUACGAAUGGAUGAACGUGGUAGUUCAUAUUUCAAUUUACUCCUGUCAUCUUGCUUUGAAGGUCGUGGUUAACUGAUUGUAAUGCUGCUGGAAUUUGGGAUUUUGAUGAAGCCAGUUGACACUCUUAUUUAGUUCUCCCUUUUCUUGUUCCCUCUCAUUGCUGAUAUACAACAGUUAAAAGCUCAAGCGAUGAAAGCAUUUCUAUUUUACAGAAGAGUUAAGUCAAGCAUGUGUGAUGAACAUGUCUGCUUAUUGUCAAUAAAAUUCUGGGUAAUUUAGACAUCUCAUAGUACUUAGUUAUGUAACUUUACGUGUCUUAUAACGGGAAACUGCAUUGCCAUGUACCGCUUCUCUAUUUUGCUCUAAAAUCUUCUACAGCCUCUUCGGUUCAUCGCCUUCCAGCUUUUCUGGGUUUUAGCAUCAUCUCUCCACUACUAACUUUAUUCUUUGUUGCUGCACCCGCUUGGAUAUUAUGUUGUUCCAUUGCCUCUGAUCGGUAAAUAAAUGUGGUUUCAAUUGCCUGAGGAAUAUGCAGCUGCACUAAGGGCAAUUAACACCCCCGUUAUGCUGGUUGAAUCUAUGUAAACCAUUACAUGCGCAGAGACAAAUGACAAGGCAUUUCUGUGAUUAUUUUUGCAAGCACCAGCCAACUCAUUGCGGUUUUGUAUCUGAACCAAGCCUCCGAAUUCCAUUAUUCUACUAUUUCUGCAUCCAAGUCAAAUUGUUUCUCAUCUUCAGUUCAAAUUGAGGGAUCUCAAAGAAGAUAUUUUAGGUCUAGUAUCUCCAAGCUGAAGAACAGCUGUCACUUGUUAAUACUUAGAACUGCAGUGAAUCCCAGAUAUACUUGGAAGCCGUGCCUUGAUAUUUCUAUUCAGUUCCAAAAUGUGAAUAUGAGGCUGUUCUUGCCCAAUCAGUCAAAAGUUCCGGAAAAAACUGAUGCAGAGUAGGGCAUAUUUCUGGGCUGUGAUGUAUAUGAGUUUUUUCUUGCCCAAUCAGUCAAAAGUUCUGGAGAAACUGAAGCAGAGUAGGGCAUAUUUCUGGGGCGACGUUUUACAUCUGCUGGUUUAUUUAUUGGUUUGUCAGUCUGCUAUUUAGCCUCUCAACUAGUGCAUACUGAGCUGAAGCAUCAGAAGAAAAUAGGGGAAAUAACUGUGCUUCCUCAACCGCUGGCUAUUCACAUGGAAAGGUAUAUCUGGAGAUGGAAGAUGUUUAUUUCAUUCUGUUGCUCAUGGUGCUUGUUUAAGGUCGGGGGAAGCCUCUCACCUGAUGAGAACCUACAGAGGCAAUUAGCAGAUGAAUUGCGUGGGAGCACAAUGGAGCAUGUACAACAGUGGCCAAAGAGGUCUGAAGUUUUCACUAUUUUUUUGGGUUAAACAGAAAUGUUUUAUAACACACCGCUACAUGUUUACUACUCAACAACACCAUAAAAUUUGGUUAACUUUUAGUCCAGAA